AUGGCUAACAUUACACUUAGAUAUUAUCUUUCUGCAUUCAAGCGCGCUGUGAAAGCUUAUACAAAUCACGAAUACAACACUAAACAGAAUCAGGUUCUCGCAGCGUAUAUCAAAUUCGAUUUGCCAAGGAUAGAGCAGCUUUCUACACGAGCAUACAAAAAGCCCAUCGCUCCACUAGCAGUUAUCCAGGACCUUGUGCGAUUUCUUCUAGUAUGCAAUAAGUAUGAAUCACCUCACUCGCGCAUCGUCAUACAGCUAGUAUCCUCGCUGCUUCCUUUAUCUUUCAUAGGCAGUCGCCCAGGUGAGGUCAUUGAAUCAGAAGGGUAG